AUGUCACAAGCUCAAGAUAAAUCUAUGAAGGCUAUCGUUUGGGAAGGCACGCCCUUCCAGAUGGCCUUGAAGAACCAGCCUAUUCCUCAUAUUAUGGAUGCAAACGACAUUGUUAUUCGUAUCACAACAGCCGCAAUCUGUGGAACAGACUUACACAUGUAUCACGGCCUCUUCGGCAGCAAAACUCCCCCGUGGAUCAUGGGUCACGAAGGACUCGGCACGAUUGUGCAGGUAGGAGAGGGUGUAAAAUCCCUCAAAGUCGGAGAUCGGGUGCUGGCUCCCGGAGCGAUUUACUGUGGAUACUGUGAAAAUUGCCACCGUGGUUGCCUUACCUAUUGCCUCACAUUCAAUCCGCCUACUCUCGUUGAUUUUCCGGGGUUUGGAGAAGACUUUGGGCCAAACCUAGGCGGUGCUCAAGAGCAUGACCUCGACUAUAUCAUCCUCAGCGACAUUUUCCCAUCAGCCUGGCACGCACUUGACUGCGCAGGGUUCGAAGCGGGAGAUACGGUCGCAGUCUUUGGCGCUGGUCCACUAGGUCUGCUAUCUGCCUACUCGGCUAUACUACGUGGGGCAACCACGGUCUACUCGGUUGACUAUGUUCCUUCUCGACUAGAGAAAGCAGCCUCGAUAGGCGCUAUCCCUAUUGAUUUCACCAAGAACGACCCUGUUGAACAAAUUCUAAAACGCGAGCCGCGGGGUGUGCGUCGCACCAUUGACUGCGUUGGGUUUGAGUGUGUGAAUAGCAAGCUCGAGCCGGAAGAGAACCUAGUCUUGAAUGAUUGUAUCAAGGUUACGGAGGCGACAGGGGGGAUUGGCCUUUAUGGUGUAUACCCUCCAUCUCCAGGCUCAACAGCAGGAACGCCUCUAGCUACAGAUAAACAAGGAAAAUUUCCCGUGCUUAUAGGACUUCUUUGGUUCAAGGGUCUAUCAAUUCGAGGCGGCGUGGCUGAGAUACAAAAAUUACAACCUAUGCUACAGAAGUUGAUUGAGAGUGGUAAGGCAAAGCCAAGUUUUAUUAUUGACGAGGUUUUGUAUAGUCUUGAUGAGGUGCCCCGCGCAUAUGAAAGGUUUUCUACUCACAAGAUUGGAAAACCGGUUAUACAGUUUAAUUCUUAA